CCAUUACUGCACCCAAUAGGAAUGUUACUUCGUUUCUUUAUCACCACGUGAUGACACAGUUUGUUGGCCAAUGAGGCGCUUGGAGGCUACCCUUCCUGGGCUUUUCACAAGGGACAAUUUCUCAUUUUGCAGGCUGACCCUAUGAGGAAAACACAGGUAACACUCGGAGCUCGAAUGAUUCCAGGUGGAACUUUCAAUGUCUGAAACAACGAGUAUCCAAAGUCUUACGUCUGAAGACAGCCCUCCCCUUUCUCCCAUUUUUUCCUCAUCUCUGCUCUCAACAUGAUCCCAGUAACCAUGGUGAAAAGACAUCUUUCCCUUGAUGUCCUCCUGUUUUGUAUAUUAGCAAGCUUGUGUCAUGCUAAAAUACCCAAUGGUAUUCAUCUGAUAACAUUGACCGCGAAGGCCCCUGAGUGGUCUUUUCAAUCACCUAAUUUCAACCUCGGCUUGUACCCCAAUGAUUUCCUCGGUGUCUGGCUCAUCAAAGUGGAUAGCGGGUCCAAAGUGAUUUUUGACUUCGACGUGUUGGAGAUUGACAAAGGUGACUUACUGGAAAUCGGCAAUGGGCAGGAUGCUUCUGACUUGGCCUCCGAGUUGGACAUCAGCGUCAUCACUCGCUUGACUGGUAACUUAAGCGCUGAAGGUGUGCGCUUGAUAGCUAAGGGUAACGAGGCCUGGUUGAAGUUUCGGAGCAAUCAAGAUACAACCUGCCGAGGGUUUUCAGUGACAGUGAGGAUGCAAGAUGCAAGAAGGAUGCAAGAAGAAGGAUUUUGCAAACAAGAUUUUCAGUGUGCUAGGCGAGUAGAGGGUAUAACUUGCCUGGGCAACGAAUCAGUUUGCGACGGUUUUGAGCAGUGUAAAGACAGGUCGGAUGAGGCGAAUUGUGAUUCGUCACGAUAUGACAGAUCUGACAUCUCUUCAUGCAAGAUUUGUGCUGCUAAUCAACAAUACGACCAUGAAAAUCACGCUUGUCCUACAUCCCUUCCUGACCAACAAACCUGCACCCGUCCUAGCCCAUUAUGUGGCUGUGGCGGUAGAGGCAAAGAGCUGGGAAUACUGUGUAUUGGAUGGUACCCUGCCAUGCUAAGAACAGUGCCUGAUGAAACACACUCUCUAUUUCUUUCUGGGAUAAAUGUGAAUAAACUCAAGAACAGUCCAUUCAAGAUGUUUCCAAACCUUAGAAAUUUGAAAGUUUUGGUUAUUCAGGCGACCAGUGGUGCAUCGGAUUUAAAGAGACAUGCGUUUGAUGGCUUCGAAGGUUUGACCAGUCUGGUAAUAUUUGAUAUUCAUUUGAGAAAAAUCGAAUCAAAGGCAUUUGCCGGACUUGAUCAAUUGGACACUCUGGCAUUUUUUGGAAAGGAAGCAACUUCUGAUCUGCCUGUAAUUGAAAACGGGGCUUUUGAGGAUAUUGCUGACAAGCUAUCAUAUUUGUUCGUGGAUGAUUACCGGUUUUGCUGUUUCUUCGGUGCAACUAUUCAAGAAAAUUGCCGUGAGUGGUUUGAUAUUCCCGAGUUGUUUAGCUGCAGCCAGCUCGUACCUAACUACGUCUUGAAAGUCUUCAUGUGGAUCUUAGGUAUCAGUGCAGUAGUUGGCAAUAUCCUUGUCAUGGUUUGGAGGUGUCGUGAAAAGGUAGCAAGCCGUGCUAGUUUAAUGAUAAAUUCUUUUCUAGUGUUCAAUUUGGCAUCUGCCGAUGCACUGAUGGGGCUGUACAUGUUGAUUAUAGCGGGAGCUGAUGCAUUUUAUGGUUCUCGUUAUUUUGAGGUGUCGGGAGAGUGGCGGGCCAGUGCUGCUUGCAAAGUGGCUGGUUUCAUUUCCAUGGUAGCCAAUGAGACAUCAGUGUUCUUCCUUGUCUUCAUCAGCAUCACUCGAUUCAUGUUUGUCGUUUUCCCGUUUGUCAGUAAUCGCCAUCUCAGCCUUAAGGUUGUUAAGGUUGCUGGUUGCAUCAUUUGGCUAUUAACGGUCAUAAUUGCCGUGGUAUCCAUCGUAUUGUCUUUGGAUGAGGAGUCUGGCGCCUACGGUCUCUCUGAUGUCUGCAUCGGUUUGCCUCUGACGACUAGAGUGACUGGUUUUGAGAUAAAUCAACAACGUAUUGACGUUGGUGGAAUUGGUGAGGUGACAUACAGCAGACCAGUUCCUACCAGCACUUCGGCUACCUGGGUGUUUUCCAUCGUCUUAUUUUUGGGUGUCAACCUCUUCUGUUUCUGCGUCAUCCUUGCUUGUUACAUCUCCAUCUUUGUCAAGGUAAAAGUGGCAGCCAGUCGAGUGCGCAGCCGCAGUGCACGAGAUGAGAGCGAGGUUCGUAUGGCAGUCAAGAUGGCGGCGAUUGUCUUGACUGAUUUCUCGUGUUGGAUCCCUGUCAUUAUCAUGGGCAUUCUCUUCCAAGCCGGUGUUGCCAAGAAUAACCCAGAAAUCUUUGUCUGGAGCGUUGUCUUCAUUCUUCCAAUCAAUUCCUCCAUCAAUCCAUAUCUCUAUACAUUCCUGGAUAUUUGUAUCAAGCAAAAGCGAGAGCAGAAAGUAUCAAAGAUCGCCAAGAAGGAAGAAAUAGAAGCAAAAGCUUUGCCCUCGAAUAAAACAACCUCAACCACAAAUGAAUGACUAGAUAUAUGGAAAAUUUGUAUCUGGAAAAGAGAACGCCUGAUAUGAAAUUAUUUUUUGUUUGAAAUAGGACAGCAUUUAUGACACCAUCUCAUAUAAAAUGUAUCUGGUUUUUUGAGCUUCUAUCCCGUAAAAUUCCCCUCAAACUUUUUGAUUGUAGGAUUAAUUGCUUUUAUGGAGGUAACAGUUCUAACACAACAAAAAAGAUGCUUUUUUGAGUUAAAAUGUACCAAGUAAUAGCUGUUUUAUUUCAAACUUAAUCAGUCGUGCAUGGGAAAUCGUUAGGUCAGAACCGCACCAAACGCUUGGUUAAAGUAAACCUUUGAAGUUUUUCGUGAGCUGCCUUCAAAGCAGCAAGACAUAAGAAUAGAAUAUUAUUUCACAGCGCAUUGUUCAAAUCUACGCUUGCAUAUAAAUAUCGCUCUUACUACAAGAUUAUGGAAAGAAUUUACCCUCUUGAUUUUAACCUUUAAAAUAUAUCUGAUACACAGGAAAUGAUCCGUGUAAGCAAGAUGUAAAUGUAGAUAUUCCCCUUAGAGGAUUAAUAUGAAAUAGCGUUUGUACAAAUUUUAUUAGCACAUUAUCAUAUCGGAACAAAACCUUACGAAACGUAGGUCUGCUGUCAAUUUAUUAUCCAGUCAGUCCUGGAAAAUGCAAUUAAACAUGAAAAGGUACGCAGGGAUGGCUGUAAUAACAUUUCAGGAGAGAUUUAUUAUGGGGUGAUGUAUCUGCAAAUUAGUUAAAGUUAAGUUACAUUCAACUAAACCAUGGAACGUACUUCAAUUUUUAUUCAGUUCUGAAAAAAAAAUGUAAAUUACACGUUACGAUACGAUGUUAUCGAUAUAAACGAUUUAUGCCAAGUUUUCAAAAAUCAGUUUGAUUUAGGGAAGCAUUCUAAUCCAUAGAUAAUUUUGUAAAGAUCUAAAUAUUUGUGCGCGCGCAUUAAAAUUGUGUUCACGUAUCUUAUCAAUUCAGUUUCUUUUGGCGGAAAUUGUUUGUUUGCAUAGAAAGAAAAUCCCCUUGAGUCAAGCUUCAUAGAAAUUUAACAUCUACACCAGCAUUAGAUUAUUUUCUUUUAACACUUGAGUGAUCAAGAGGAAAGCAUUUUAUUUUUGUAGUAAUCUUCACUUUGCUUUUAUUUUAAGCAUGUUUUCCCGCAUUGCCUUAUAUGUACAAGGGUCAUUUAUUGUGCUAGCGCAGAAUAGAAUUUUGUUAGCCUUUAAAGAUAUAAAUGAUAUUGCAACGAGGAACAUGUUUUUUGAUAUCUUACAACCUACACCCCUCUAUGUUUACUAGGAGCCAGCUUAGAUUAAAGGUUAGAAAUUUAGGAAUUUCACAAAUAAAAUGCUUUGAAUAUUUUCGUGGCCAAUGUA